AUGGACGGUGCGGACACCUCCCCUCACUCUAUGGACAGUGCGCACACCUCCCCUCACAAUAUGGACAGUGCGUACACCUCCCCUCACUCCAUGGACAGUGCGGACACCUCCCCUCACCUCAUGGACAGUGCGGACACCUCCUCUCACCCUAUGGACAGUGCGGACACCUCCCCUCACUCUACGGACAGUGCGGAUAACUCCCCUCUAUCUAUGGACAGUGCGGACACAUCCUCUCAGCCUAUGGACAGUGCAGACACCUCCCCUCACUCUAUGGACAGUGCGGACACCCCCCCCCCUCCCCCUCAUCCUACGGACAGUGAGGACACCGCACCUCACCCUAUGAACAGUGCGGACACCUCCUCUCACUCUAUGGACAGUGCGGACACCUCCCCUCACUAUAUGGACAGUGCGGACACCUCCCCUCACUUUAUGGACAGUGCGGACACCUCCCCUCACUCGGACACCUCCUCUCACCCUACGGACAGUGCGGACACCGCACCUCACUCUACGGACAGUGCGGACACCUCACCUUACUCUAUGGACAGUGCAGACACCUCCCCUCACUCUAUGGGUGUUGGACGGAGGUAUACUUUCUGUGGGUGUUGGACGGGGUAUACCUUCUGUGGGUGUUGGACGGGGUAUACAUUGCGCGGGUGUUGGACGGAGAUAGACCUUCUGUGGGUGUUGGACGGGGGUAUACCUUAA